AUGAGCUCAGUAAAGCAAUUUGUGAAGCACGUGGCUGAGCUUCACAACACCAACUCAUUUUCUAGAGAGUUUGAGGAAAUUCAGACGUGCUCCGUGGACCUCGGAACAACAACGGACUGUUCCAGCCAUCCAGACAAUAAGAACAAGAACCGUUACGCCAACAUUUUAGCCUAUGACCACAGCAGAGUGCGACUUGCACCACUAAACGACAAAGAUGGGAGAAGUGGAGGGGACUACAUAAAUGCCAACUAUGUCGACGGUUUUAACAAACAGAAAGCCUACAUUGCAACACAAGGGCCCUUAAACUCCAGCACAGUGGAUUUCUGGCGGAUGGUGUGGGAGCAGAACGUGGGAGUGAUUGUUAUGAUCACAAACCUCACGGAGAAAGGAAGGAGGAAGUGUGACCAGUACUGGCCUCUGGAGAACCAGGAAGAAUAUGGAUGCUUUCUGGUUACUGUUAAGAACACAAACGUCCUUGCAUACUACACCCAGAGAACCUUCACCAUCAGAAAUACCAGCAAAAAGAAGGGUUCUCAGAGAGGUCACAGUAAUGAGAAGACGGUAAUUCAGUUCCACUACACACAGUGGCCAGACAUGGGCGUACCUGAGUACGUCCUGCCUGUGCUUUCAUUCAUCUACAAGUCCUCUAGAGCUCAAACAGACCACAUGGGGCCAAUGAUUGUACACUGCAGUGCUGGAGUGGGACGAACAGGGACCUACAUAGUGUUGGACAGCAUGUUAAAACAGAUUAAAGGGCAGAGGACAGUCAACAUUAUGGGUUUCCUUAAACACAUUCGUACACAACGGAACUAUCUCGUUCAAACAGAGGAGCAAUACAUAUUUACCCAUGAUGCUCUAGUAGAGGCCAUUUUGAGUCAAGAGACAGAGGUGCAAUCAAGCCAUAUUCAUCAGUAUGUUAACAACCUCCUAACCCCAGGGGCCUCAUGCAAGACACGGCUGGAAAAGCAGUUUAAACUGGUGUGCCAGUCGAAUGCCAAACAGAAUGAUUACAGCAGUGCCCUGAGUGACUGCAAUAGAACAAAGAACAGGAGCUGCUCUCUGAUUCCUGUGGAGAAAUCCAGAGUGUUUUUGUCCACAUCAGCAGGAGAGACGUCUGACUACAUCAAUGCCUCAUUUGUCAUGGGCUAUCGGCAGAACAAAGAGUUCAUCAUUACCCAGAAACCUUUGACCAGCACAAUGAAGGACAUGUGGAGGAUGGUGUGGGAUCACAACGCCCAGGUUAUUGUUUCAUUGCCAGACACGAGUAGCACGACAGAAGACAGCGAACCAAUUAUAUUCUGGCCUGUGAGAGAUCAGCCAAUCAGCUACGAGACGUUCUCUGUAUCGUUAAGAGGGGAGGGCCAUGUGUGCCUGUCCAAUGAAGACAUGUUGAUAGUGCAGGAUUACAUUCUAGAGGCCACACAGGAUGAUUUUGUUUUAGAAGUGAAGCAUUACCGGGCUCCACGCUGGCCAAAUCCAGACAGUCCCAUCAGUAAUGUCUUUGAGCUGAUCAACAUUGUCCAAAAAGAGUCCGGCUCCAAAGAUGGACCCCUGGUCGUACAUGACGAGUGUGGUGGUGUGACUGCUGGAACCUUCUGUGCGCUGUUCACUCUUCUGCAACAGCUUGAGGCCGAGAGCGUGGUGAACGUCUACAUGGUGGCCAAGAUGAUCAACCUCAUGAGACCUGGGGUCUUCACUGACAUUGAUCAGUAUCAGUUCCUUUACAAAGCCAUCCUGAGUUUGGUCAGCACCCAAGAAGACGAGCAAGCGUUUCAGUCUUCCGACAACAACGGCACGGUCCCAGGAGGCAUCUCGAGUGCGGCCGAGAGUCUGGAAUCUUUGGUGUAACCAUAGUGAUGAGCCGGCACAGGAAAAAGACUUGUUUUUUCUAGCUAAGAAUGCUCUUGUUUCCCGCGGUCCAUCUCUGGACUGACCACGCUCUGCUGGGUGCAGCGCUGUCAUUAAAUGUGUGCCUUUGUACACUCCACAUUUUUAUUCCCUGUUUCUCUCUUAAAUCGCCACCUUGUGCUAAUGUCUUACGUACUAAUGUCUUCUCAUAGUGUCAUAUUUAUUUGCUUAAAAGCUUGUUUAAAUGGAACACUCCCUAAACUGUUUUAUAUUAGUCUAUUUUUAGAAUUUCAGCCACAGUGUUUUCAUACAGAUAUACAAAAAAGUGGCAAAAUCAGUCAUGGAUAAAGGGCAGGAAAUAAUAUUCUAAUGUGUAAAUAAUAUUACAGCAACCAUGUCGAUGGACCAAAUUUCUAUUUAUGUCUAGAAUUUUAUAUUUGAGGCACUAGUUCUUUAUAAGACAUGGUUGCGUUUGAAUAAUUUAGUCACAUUUGAAAUGUUUUAAUUUUUUUGAUGCCUCUCUGUUUUGUUAUUGAUGUAAAUGACACUGUUUAGCUGUACAAGAUGUUUUUGUCUGUUCGUAGGAUUAAACGAAACCAGAAAGCACACAA